AGCAGGCUAUUCCCACUUGACUGGGGCAGAGAGGUUUGGAUCCUCUCUCUGGAGGAGAGUUAAUAAGUAUCGCCUGUCACACGGUCCACGUGUCACGAGGUCCUUUGAGGGAUAUGCAUCGUGUAAGUGUGGUUCUGUAGCCAAACAAACUGUUUAACAUAGACACAGGCUGGUGUCAGCGCACUUGAUUGGCCCAUACAAGACCAGAACCUCGACGCUUGUCCGAGUGUGACGGUAACAUGACUCAAGGCCAUUCAUUAUGGAUGACAUGCAUUACGCCUACCAGUCAGAGAGAGGCACAGGAAACCGAGCUGACUGCAGGAACCACAACUGAACCAGCUCCCAAGGUCGUCUGGGGAGAGCUGUCUUUACCGGGGAAACUCUCCUGUCAAAAGCCACUUCCCUGAUCUCACCAGAUGACACUAAUUCUACAGUAUGUGUUUGUGUGUGAAAGAGAGAGAGUUUGGGGAGAGAUAAGCAGCUCACUGCUCGGUUAGAAAUGCUGCAUGGGGAGAACACAGACAUCAAGAGGAAGGUCACAAAGCAGCACAUCCCAACAUCCCCUGUGGACCAAGCUAUUAAUGAACGCCUCAUCAAUGAUUGAAAUAGCCAUUUUGAAGGUCGAGAAUCCCUCAUGCCUUUGGGGGCGGAUCGUGAAGGGUCGAGGGAUACCCAAUGAGUCCCCGAAAGAAUACGGUGAAUUACAAGUGAACAUGAAUCUCUAUUAUCACGCGGUCAACCAAGACGUAAAGCAGAUCAAACCCACCUCGCUAGCAGAAGGCCAGGUGUGCGUGGUCUAUUUCUCGGCCUGUAAGAAGUGGUGCCGAGCUGUGGUGGAGUCUCUCCCCGUGGGCAAUCAGGCCAUGUGCUUCCUGGUUGACCAUGGAGAACGCAUCAUCGUUCGCUCAGAUGAGGUCCGAGCUCCACUGGAGAAGUUUCUGCAGCUGCCUUUCUGGGUGAGGAAGUACCACCUGUCUGGACUGCACCCCCUCAGGCUGCAGGUGUCCAUCUGUGAGGAGAAGGCUGUGCUUGUGCCGUCGACGCAGUGGGACAGCUCUGCUACACGAUACCUGCACAACCUCCUUCAAGCUUCCACACAGAUGGAGGCCGUGCUAUUGGACACUCUCUCUGGCUCCACAGCCAUCGAGCUGUACUUGACCAUCAGGAACGUGAAGAUAUGUGCGAACGAUGACCUGGUCACCAAGAGGUUUGCGUGUUCCACGAGUGAGGAGACCCUGGGCGGGGCUCUGAGCGGCUUGGCCGACCAGCCCCCUGCUGUGCUGGGCUGUGACAUCUUCCAGGACACAGACAACUUCCUGGCCACCAGCGGAACCCCCCAGCUCUACCUGACGUUUGGAGAGAAGGAGGAGGGAGAUGAACCAGUGACCCAGACGGUGCCAGAGCAGGGAGAGCCAGGCCGGGCUGCUCCACAGACCCAGGGAGAGCUAGGCCGGGCUUCUCCACAGACCCAGGGAGAGCCAGGCCGGGCUGCUCCACAGACCCAGGGAGAGCCAGGCCGGGCUGCUCCACAGACCCAGGGAGAGAUACCUGCCUGGUGUAAUGGAGGAAGCCCUGCAGUCCAACCACCUGGAAGUGGCCCUGAUGCUGUGGAAGUGAAGGGUGUUAAACUGAGUGCUGGCGGCGAUGUGGCUGGAGGCCCUGUCACCCAGACCCCCACACAGAAGGAAACCAUAGAGGAAGAGCUGGCCUGCGCACGGUUGUUGCAGUUUCUCAACCCUGAUCCUCUGAAGCUGGAUCUAGACUCUCCUGAAGCCACUCAGGGCAGGAGCGACCAGGAGGGCAGGAUAGGGGUGCUGGUUCACUCUGCCUUCCCCAUGGAGCCCUGCUCCAGCCUGGCCAGUGCUCCCAUCCUGGACUCCUACAGACGGAUCCUGCAGAGACAGAAGUGCUUCGGUCUGUCGCUGGCGGAGGGAUACAGCUGGCCGGCGGUGGCGCGGGGCUGUGACACGGUCCUCAUCUCCCACAGCGGGGGCGACCCCCUCACCUACCUGCCCCCCCUGCUCACCCACAUGCAGCUCAUCUCUGUCUUCAGCUCCCUCUCCGCUCGCUCCGGGCCCCUGGCGGUGAUCCUGUGUCCUGGCUGGGGGAAGGCCCAGACGGUGUACGACCGCCUGGAGGAGAGCCACAGCCUGCAGAGCCUGCACCCCACAGUGGUGCUGGUGGGCCAGGCCAGGGACGAGGCCAAGGCUGUCCACAUCCCCAAGAACUGUCUGGUUGUGGUGACCACUCCCUUCAGCCUGGCGCGCCUGCUUCCUGUGCACUGCUUCCUGUUCCUGCGUCUGUGCCACCUGGUGCUGGAUGAAGCCGACCAGCUGUUCUCCCGCGCCCCAGACCAGAUGAGCAGCAUCCUGCAGUACUUCCAGAAGGUGACAGCCAGCGAGGACCGGGUGUCCUGCCCCAGACAGAUAGUGGCCGUGGGUCGGCGCUGGAGCCCCAGCAUGGAGGAUCUGCUGCUCAGCUACAUGAAGCACCCCUGUGUCGUCAUCACGGUGAUGGAAGAGGCUGCUCUCUAUGGCAACGUGCACCAGAUAGUGCUGCUGUUUCUGGACUGCACCAAGGUGUCGGGGUUGUUGGGAGCGCUGGAUCUAACCCCUGGUGUUCGUCAGAAGACCCUCAUCAUCACCAGCUCUCCUGAGGAGGUCGAGCAUGUCUUCCAGGCUGUCAACAAAACAUCAGCGUUCUCCCUGAAAGCUCACGAGGGGAUGACCUACCAGUUUGACUUUGUCAUGGAGCAGUGGAGAAAAGAAAUUGGCCCAGGAACUCAUGUCAUUCUGGUCAGUACGGACGCCUGCCUGCAGGCCCUGGGCAUCCAGGACGCCUCGUGUGUGGUGCACUACAGCUUCCCCUCUUCCCCCCGACGCUUCGGCGACCGCCUGGCCUGCAUGGUGGACAACUUCUGCAACCGCUCCGACAAGGAGUGUCCCAGGCCCUCCUCGCCCCCAAAGUCAGUCCUGCUGCUGACGGAGAGGAACAGCCGCCAUGUGACGGGCGUGCUGCGCUACCUGAGGCGCACGGGCGCCGCGCUCCCCCCCGAGCUGCUCCACUUCGCCCGGGGCGUGGGGCAGGCCAAGGAGCUCCAGAGGGCAGGCCGGCCUCUCUGCUCCUACCUCAAGAGCUACGGCUUCUGCAGAGACAGCAGUGUGUGUCCAGACAGGCACAGCCUCUGCCCCUCCCAGGACCAGCCCUGCCACCCCUCCUCAGGCAGCAUAGUGGUAUUGCCCUUGUACAUCAAGACAGCGUCCCAGUACUGCGGUCGCAUUGUGAGUGGGAUAGACGACUGCUAUGAGAGCCUGGCAGCUAACAUGGCUGCUCACUAUGCUACAGAGAAACUGAUGGCUGUGGAAGUGUUGGAGGGCGGGCUCUACUGUGUACAGGAGAAGGAAACCUAUCACAGGGUGCAGGUGACCGUGGUCCCUGAGCGGGGCGAGCGUCUGUUCCUCAGCGUUCAGGCUCGCUUCCUGGACGAGGGCCGUGAGCAGGAGGUGAAGGCUCACCAGCUGCUGCAGCUGCCGCCCCAGUUUCACAGCCUCCCUCCCCAGGCCUUGGAGAUCAUCCUGUGCAGGGUGAAGCCCAUCGACGGAGAGGUGGACUGGAACCCCAAGGUGACCAGAGCCAUCAGCCAGAAGAUCAGAGGCCUUCAGCACCAAGCCAAAGUUGUACUGAGUCUGGGAAACACCAUCUUCGUUGAUCCCAUGGUGAGGAUGACCCGUCUGCCAGCCCUGAAGACCUUCAUACACCAGCACAACGUCCACACCGAGAUCCUCAACACUGGCAUGGGCACCACCAACCCCCAACACCUGGACCUGCUGAGGGAACUCACGCAGCGGGCUGAGCCUGCAGCUGAGGAGGGGGAGGAGCAGGAGGAGGAGGGCUCUCAGAUGAAAGGCCUGGAGGGCUCCCUGGAGGGCUCCCAGGUAACCAUGGACGAUGAGGGACAGGCUGCAGAGAAGGCUGUGACUUGUAGGAGGAGAGCGGCUGUAGAGAGCCUAUGCUGUGGCCAGGAGGGAUCUGAAGAUCCUCCUUCGUCUCAGAAGCAAGGCCCAACAGAACCUCCACCCCAGUCCUAUAGAGAGGGCCCAACAGAACCUCCACCCCAGUCCUAUAGAGAGGGCCCAACAGAACCUCUACCCCAGUCCUAUAGAGAGGGCCCAACAGAACCUCUACCCCAGUCCUAUAGAGAGGGCCCAACAGAACCUCCACCCCAGUCCUAUAGAGAGGGCCCAACAGAACCUCCACCCCAGUCCUAUAGAGAGGGCCCAACAGAACCUCUACCCCAGUCCUAUAGAGAGGGCCCAACAGAACCUCCACCCCAGUCCUAUAGAGAGGGCCCAACAGAACCUCCACCCCAGUCCUAUAGAGAGGGCCCAACAGAACCUCCACCCCAGUCCUAUAGAGAGGGCCCAACAGAACCUCCACCCCAGUCCUAUAGAGAGGGCCCAACAGAACCUCUACCCCAGUCCUAUAGAGAGGGCCCAACAGAACCUCUACCCCAGUCCUAUAGAGAGGGCCCAACAGAACCUCCACCCCAGUCCUAUAGAGAGGGCCCAACAGAACCUCCACUCCAGUCCUAUAGAGAGGGCCCAACAGAACCUCCACCCCAGUCCUAUAGAGAGGGCCCAACAGAACCUCUACCCCAGUCCUAUAGAGAGGGCCCAACAGAACCUCUACCCCAGUCCUAUAGAGAGGGCCCAACAGAACCUCCACCCCAGUCCUAUAGAGAGGGCCCAACAGAACCUCUACCCCAGUCCUAUAGAGAGGGCCCAACAGAACCUCCACCCCAGUCCUAUAGAGAGGGCCCAACAGAACCUCCACCCCAGUCCCAUGGAGGUGAGACUGCUGCAGCUGUGACUACCCAGGACAGGCGUCCAGAUGCUGAACAGUGGAGCAGCCUCAUCGCCAACCUGAAACAUGCUGCCCGGACUCUCGGGAACUCAGACAUGAAGGAAUUCAAACAGUUGAUUUCCACUGUCCAUUCAGCGGUGGGAAAUGGACAGUCCACAGCUACGAAGCACGCCGUCAAAGCAGAGAAGGUUGCUAACGUCACAGGUUUUCAGGGGGCCAUCAAAGUAGACGCUCCUAAAAGCCUUCUUCACCCUCAGGUCAAGUGGUUCCAGAGGAAAGACGUGGUUGUUAUCAGUGUCAAGCUCAUCAACCCAGUGGCCCAGUCCUGUGACUUCUUCCCAGAGAGAGUGGUGUACAGUGCCAAAGUGAACAACAGUCGUUACCGUGCCGACCUGGAGCUCCUCCUCCCGGUGGCUGCAGACAGGUGCUCAUGGGAAAUGAAGUGCAAUGAGCCGGUCAUCACGCUGGUCAAGAGGGAGCGAGGAGAGUGGGAGGCGCUCCUCAAGCGAAAGAGUAACUUUGUCAGUCUGGACUUUGACCACUUUGAGGAUGAGAGCGAAACUCCAAAUGGUUUAGUAGGAAGUGGUGACUGGUUUGUGGAGGGCACAGGGGAGGACGGCAACUAUGUGAGUUCAGCCAGUGGCAGUGAGAGUGACUAAACUGGCUGCUUCACAUUCUGACAGCCUGUGGUCAUGAAGAUGGUUUUUGUAUUGACAGUUCAACAUUUUAUAAUUUGAGGGUUAAUUCAAGUUGAGUGUUUCAAUCCAGAGAUUGUUUAAUCCACAACAGUUUGAGUUGAUUAGUUUGCAUCAUAGUAAUUCUUGUAAGUACAGACAUUCA